AUGGCCACUACCAAAGCGCUCGUCCUGCACGGAGCCAAUGAUCUCCGACUGGAAUCAAAGCCAGUCUCCCCUCCUACCGGAGCAGACGUCCAGGUUGCGGUGCGCGCGACGGGCAUCUGCGGCUCAGAUCUGCACUACUACAGCCACGGGCGUAAUGGCGAUUUCGUUGUACGGGCGCCGAUGUGUCUGGGCCACGAGUCGGCCGGUACCGUCACAGCCAUUGGGCCUGAGGUGACGACGCUGAAGGUGGGCGAUCGGGUCGCGCUCGAGGUCGGUCUGCCCUGUCGUGAGUGUGUGCGCUGCCGGUCCGGUCGCUACAACAUCUGCCCGCGGAUGAUGUUCCGCAGCAGUGCGAAGACGUUCCCGCAUCUUGACGGCACCCUGAUGGAGGUGACGAACCACCCGGCGAACCUGUGCCACAAGCUGCCGGACAGCGUCUCGAACACGGGCGGCGCCCUCAUCGAGCCGCUCGCCGUGUGCCUGCACGCCGUGCGCCGCUCGCACCCGCCCACGGCCGCCGAGGUGGAAGACGCCCGCGCGGCGGGCGAGCCUACCGCCGCCCUGGUCUUUGGCGCGGGCGCCGUCGGCUUGCUGCUGGCUGCCUCGCUGGCCACCACGCAGCACUUCACUACUAUUGUCGUCGCCGACAUUGACGCGCCGCGCCUUGCCAUCGCCUCCUCCCUCGGCCUGGGAUUACAGACCGCGCUCCUACCGCGCGCCGACCCGGCCAGCCCUCCCCCGCCGCCGCGUGACGCACCGCAAGCCGAGCAGACCGCAUGGGCGCUCACCAACGCCCAGAACAUCGCCGCCACGCUCAAGACCACCCACGGCGUCGCGGACGUGGGCUUUGCCCGUGUCUACGACUGCACGGGCGUCCCCGCCUGCAUCCAGGCAGGCAUCUACGCCUCUGCGUCCGGCGGUGUACUCGUCCAGGUCGGCAUGGGCCACCCCGUGCAGACUCUUCCCAUCGGCGCCGCCGCCCUGCGCGAGGUCGACCUCAUCGGCGUCUUCCGCUACGACGGCUACGCCUACCCGGCUGCCAUUGAGCUCAUGGCCACCGGCAAGCUGGCCGCCGUCGAGAGCCAGGUCGUCACCCACCGCAUCCCGCUCGAGGAGGGCGCCCGCGCUUUCCAGCUCGCCGGGAAGGGGGUUGACGAAGACGGUCGCCCGGUCGUCAAGGUCGUGAUUGAAAGCUAG